ACAUCUCUGUACAGUACACACGCUUGCUUUGCACAUUCAGCGUGUCGCAACAUGUCGGGCAAACCGGGCAUACCAUCGUGGCAGCGCGUGCAGGCUCCAGCCUCUACGCCUGCAGAAGGAGACGCGCAGCCGGCAUCGGAACAGCAACCGGAGAGCACCCCAGCGGCUCCAUCACGCGCAGAGGAAGCAGAUGGAGACGCCACACAGGACACUGCCACCGGCGACGCGUCAUUACUAGACCAGGCAUCCAAGUUCCUCGACGACCCCGCCAUUCGCGAUGCGCCGCGCGAGAAGAAAAUCGAAUUCCUGCAGUCAAAGGGCGUGAAGGCGGGAGACAUUGACGAGCUGCUGUCGAGGGACACCCCACGAGAUGUAGCGGAAGACCUCGCGCAAGCUGGUGAACGGGCGUGGUCGUCGAAAGCAGCAUCGACAGCCCCCCGACCACCGCUCGUAACCACGAAACGUCUUUUCAACACUGCAUACAUGGCUGGAGGCCUUGUUGCAACAGUAUACGGAUUGUCCAAGUACAUAAUAGGCCCCAUGACCCAGAAUCUUACCGAGUCACGGCACGACUUUGCGAGCCACGCACAGGAACAUCUCGACAAACUGAACGAGCGCCUACGAGACUCUGCGUCAAUAGAUCCGGCAACUAAACAAAAACCAAGUGCCUCCGAUGCGGCCGACGACAUAUCCGAGACCGACUCCGAUCCCACAGAGCUGUACCACCGCGACUUUGGCACGCAAACGACACCCACCCUCUCACGCAGAGAUUCAAAAUCCUCCGACGCGACUGAAGACGAAAGCGUGGUCAAAGCUCACGAAAACCGCCUUAAGAUUAUCACAUCGCAUCUCCGCGAACUUCAGUCCACUCGAUCCAACGACACAGCUUCUUCGGAUUCGCUGAAGACCCAGUUGUCAGAUCUUCAGACGUACCUAAGCGACAUGAGCUACCAGAACCAAUACUACUCCAGUUCGGGCGGCUUCUAUGGCGGCACGUAUGGGCUGCCCAAGACGGGCGAUGGGAAAGACGACCAGAUGGAGGUGCUCAAAAACGACAUACGCGCAGUAAAGGGUGGUUUCGCGAGCAAGUUGCCUUUUGGGCACUCGCGCUCGAAAUCGCCGUCGCAAUCUGGAGAGCAAGAUGGCUCGCUCACGACGCUGCUCACCGCAGAUCAAUGCGCCGACCUUACGUUCCUGAUCGCCACCAUCACAAUGACGAUGCGGAAAUCGCUACUCGACACGUUUGCCCCCGAAGAAACGCCUGUAGAGGCGAAGACUGCAAUGUCGGAAGAAGCAGCGCUGGCUGCUGCGCCUACAGACCUCGAGAACGCGGAUAUCGAGACGGAAGACAAGCGGAGGAAGAAGCAGGAGCAGGUUAAGAAGGACAGGGAAAAAAGACAGGAAGAAGCCAAGAAGGAGCUCGCGAAGCCAGAGGUGCAGGAUCUUAAGAAGGAGAUGCUGAAGAAUUUUGAUGAAUGGCGCGGCAGGGUGGUGGGGAGGGUGGGCGAGGUGGUGAACUCGCGGAAGGAGGCGCAGCAGCAGAGCAGUCAAGUCAAGGAGGGGGAUGUGGAGAAGAAGGUCAAGAGGAGCGACACCGGGAUGAAAAGUCUCGGCGGCAUCGACGAUGAAGGCGAGGACGAGGACGCGGUGUUCAAGGAGCUGUAUCCGGCCGUGGAUACAGCGCUGAUGCAGCUGGAUCUGGAGAAGAGGAAGCUGGUGCUGCAUUCUUUUGUGCUGAUAUUGCUCAGCCUGGAGACAUACUCGGCGCACUCACGCGUGCUACUGCUCUACCUUACCUCCUCGCUGCAGCUCAAGCUCUCGGUCAUGAAGAACGACGAGGAGACCGUCGCGCGCGGCCUUCUCGAAGCUGCAUCAAAGCAGCUCAACGCCGAUGCCGAGACUAAGAAAGCCGCAGAGUCCUCAAGCACAGCGCGGAAAUGGAAGGUCGGCCUUGCAGGCGUCGCCGGCGCAGCCCUAAUUGGAGUCACGGGCGGUCUCGCCGCACCACUUCUAGCUGCAGGUAUAGGCAGCGUGAUGGGCGGACUGGGUCUCGGAGCUACAGCCGCAGCAGGAUACCUAGGCACCCUCGCCUCGUCCUCCGUCCUCGUCGGCGGUCUCUUCGGUGCCUACGGUGCCAAAAUGACCAGCAAAGCCAUGGACGAGUACGCGCGCGAAGUCGAGGACUUCGGCUUCAUUCCUAUCCACAACUUUCACCGCCCGCGCAAAAUCGAGAAGGAGUACCGCCGUCUGCGCGUCGCAAUCGCCAUCUCCGGCUGGCUCACUAGCAAAGAAGAAGUCGUCGUGCCCUGGCGCUACGUCGAGCAGUCCAUCGAAGGCUUUGCGCUGCGCUGGGAACUCGAGUCGCUCCUCAAGCUCGGCAACUCGAUGGACAGCUUUGUCAAGAGCGCCGCCUGGUCCUACGCCAAAGGCCAGAUCAUCAAGCGUACCGUCUUCGGCGCGCUAGCUGCCGGUCUCUGGCCUCUCAGUCUCCUGAAGCUAUCGUCCCUCCUCGACAACCCCUUCUCCGUCGCCAAAUACCGCGCUGACCGCGCAGGUGAAGUCCUCGCGGACGCCCUCAUCAACAAAGUCCAAGGCGAGCGCCCCGUAACUCUCAUCGGCUACUCCCUCGGCGCGCGCCUCAUCUUCUCGUGCCUCCAAACCCUCGCGAAGCGCAAAGUCUUCGGGCUGAUCGAGAACGUGGUCCUGCUCGGCUCGCCCUGCCCGUCCGACGCAGAGGAUUGGCGCGCGCUCCGCAGCGUGGUUGCUGGCCGCGUCGUCAACGUUUUCUCGACAAACGACUAUAUCCUCGCGUUCUUGUACCGCACGUCGAGCAUCCAGCUCGGUGUCGCAGGGUUGCAGCCAGUGCUUGGCAUCCACGGCGUGCAGAAUGUGGAUGUCUCUGAGAUGGUUGGGGGGCAUCUCGAGUACCGCUAUCUCACGGGCAGUAUUCUCAAGAAGAUCGGCUUUGAGGACAUUGACGUUGCGGAAGUCCAGCGCGAAGAAGACGAGUUGAAAGCUGUGGCCGCGGCGGAGAAGAAGGCGGCUAAGGAGAAGGAGGGUAAGGUUACGGAUGAGGAUGAGGAGAAGGCGCAAUUAGAGAGAGAUAUCGAGAAGAAGAACGAGGCGAGCACGAUGGACUGGAUGAUGGAGAAGAUGAAUGUAGGCUCGCUGUGGGGCAGCGGGCGGAAGGAGAAGACGGAGGCGGAGAAGAUGGUGGAGUUGGAGAAGCGGGCGAAGGAGAAGGGGGAGGAGGGCGAGGGUGGUGCCAAAGCGGCGGCUUGA